UAUUUAAAAAACUACAAAAUUUAUCAAUACCAAAAAUACAAGCAGUAAUGCCCUGAACGAGAUGAACGUUUUGAUACCAAGAUUACUAAAAUCGUUUAAAGUGAUUUGAGUUUUACGUGACAAAAAAACGUAGGCUACAGAAAGGAGCAUAAAAAUCACUAAGCAUUAACAAAAUAAACCAAGUUAUUAAUUUGAAAUCAGAGUGGAUGGUUCCAAAUUACUCAAAAAAGUUUGCAAUGUCUCCCAGUAAUGUGAUAUAAAUAGACUGAACGGGUUUAUUGUUUCAAAAUCGUUGGAACUUAGGCCAAUAAAAAAAACUGCGCUGGUGAACACCCCACGCUGAUUGCACCUGUUCAGGUGUCAUGCGCGCGGACGAGUACAGCCACAUUCCUUUCUUAAACACGGAAUUACCGCGUCGCUUAAAGUCAAAUGGGAAUUUUUCACUGGGCGCUUUCAUUCACUGAGGACAUUCUUACCCCUCACGUACUUCCUUUUAUCAUUUUUGAGCCUUUUCGUUUUACUUUCUUUGUAGUUGAAGGCUAAUCCGACUUCUUAAAUGCGCGUGGAAACACCCCGAUCCACGGCAGGAGGGACUGCGCCGCUUGUUUCUCCUUAAAAAUAAGAAAAAGAGGUGAUCCCCGCGCGCCAAGAUGUGGACAGUCCUCGUGCUCAUGAGCCUCUUGGGUCUCACCUGCACAGUUGCCUCCUUCCCUCCAAGCCCCAUCAACGUCAGCUUUUCCUCUGUGAAUCUGAGAAACGUGCUGCAGUGGUUGCCAGGAGACGGGACGCCAGAUGACGCUCAAUAUACAGUGCAAUAUGCCAUCUAUGGUGAGACCGUUGAGGAGGAGAAACAGCUAAAGUGGAGGGAGGUGCGGCAGUGCACGGCCAUCGUGCGGACCUGGUGUGAUCUGAGCGCACAGACGUCCGAUUUAGAGGAGGGAUACUUUGCCAGAGUCCGUUCCAUGGUCAGCAGAAUGUCCUCCAAAUGGACUGUUUUACGAAGCCGAUUUGAUCCAAAGGAAGAAACCAGUUUUGGACCUCCAUCAGUUUCCGUGGAAGUACAUAACAACACCGCUACCGUCACUCUGAAAGGGCCAACGAGAUACCAGCUGAACAACCAAACCCCGGCAAUUUACAUGGCAACAAUCUACAAAGACAUGACCUACAACCUUUCUGUCCACAAUACCCACCUUGACCAGACGGUCCAUUAUGUAGUGCAGAAAGGCCCCUUCAAAUAUCGCCUGUUGAGUUACAACACAAAGUACUGCUUCUCCGCACAAUCAAGAUUACUCCUCAGAGAGAUGAAAUGCCAGCGGUCAGCGUGGUACUGCAUCACCACAGCUCAAGACCCUUUGAUCGAGCAGCUGCAGAGGGUGAUUGUGGGAAUUGUUGUUCCAUUUUUGUUCAUUUGUGUAAUCGUGGUGGCCGGCUUCGUGCUCUAUCAGUACAUGGCUGGAAAAGGACAGAAAAACCCAAUUUCACUGGGAACUUCCAUUCAGCCGUCCCAUCCUUUGUGGCCCCAUCUUGACCCUCAUAUCCCAGUCUGCCCUGUCACCAAAAUCAGCGUUACUCCAGAGGGGCCCCCUCAUUACUCCAAAGAGCCGGUCGAUUCUCCACCCAGUUACUCCCCACAGAGGCCUGCAGAGCCCGAAGAACAUCCGGAUGACUCUUCCGUUGAGUAUGGAGAUGUUUUUGUUGCCGCCACAGGCGAUAAAGGACGAGGGGAUCAGACAAAAGAGACAGCAGAAGGCCAGAGCAGUCCAGACGACAGAGUUCAGGGUGGUUCGUCAUACUGUCCCCAGAAUUCAACAGAUUUGCGGGGACACUCGGAUGAGAGUAUUGUGCUUUCUCCAUAUGUUUCUCAAAAACCUCGGGAUUUGCCCACAUCCCAUUCUGAUCCGUCGGAUUCUUAUGGUGUGGUGACACAAGGUAGUAUGCAGGAACCAGAAGCAGAGGAUGGCGAGGGGGUACCGUUUCUCUCUGAGAGCAGGAGAAUGCCGCUGCAAUUCAGGGAGGAAGGGAACUUGAUCAAAGCGACGACUUUAAAUAAUGGGAGAGCGGAAAGAGAGACUGGAAAUCACCUGGAGCCGUAUGUGACUAAACCUGUGAUAAAUUUGGAAGACGUGUUCUUCCAGCAGAACCCUGAGACGGAUUGGGAUCUGGACGAGCUGGAGAGGGAUGGGUCUGAUGAUAUCUUAUCCAAUUGGAAUUUGACCAUCUCCAUGGAUAAGGCAUGAAAAAAUGUAAUGGAAUUAUAUUAGAAAAAUACAGAAGAUCUGUUUAUUUAGACUGUAAUAUGAGAUCAUGUUGCUGUUGGCUUUGUAAACUUUAUUAGUAAGUCUGAGAUUGA